UGUUUUCAAUGUCAUUCCUUUUCUUAGCUCAAUCCAAGUCUUAUACCCUCUCUAUCAUUAGAGACUAUCUAAAUACCCAAAUAUUAUUCAAGUAUAGUAAUAUUUUCUCACUUUUAAUGUGGUGUGCCUCAAUAUCCUAUAUAGUAACAUUUUACCAAAAGAAAUGCUCAAAAAAGGUAUAUCUAGUGGACUUUGCAUGUUAUAAACCUUUUCCUAACGGCAUCUGUAGUAAGGAAUUGUUUAUUAAACAAACAAAAUCUGGAGGAAAUUUUAAAGAUGAGAGCAUAGAUUUCCAAAAGAAAAUUUUGGAUAGGUCUGGAUUUGGUGAUAAGACUUAUGUGCCAGAGUCCUUAUUGAAAAUUCCACAAAAUAUUUCAAUUGUUGAAGCAAGGAAAGAAACAGAAUCGGUUAUUUUUGGUGCUAUUAAUGACCUUUUGUUGAAGACAAAAAUGAAGGCUGAGGAUAUAGAAAUUCUUAUAACAAAUUGUAGUAUAUUCAAUCCUGUACCUUCUCUUAGUGCUAUGGUUGUCAACCAUUUCAAACUUAAGCAUACAAUUUUGUGCUAUAAUUUAAGUGGUAUGGGUUGUAGCGCAGGACUCAUAGCCAUCGACCUUGCUAAACAACUCUUACAGGUACAUCAAAACUCAUAUGCCUUAGUUGUGAGCACAGAAAACACCAACAGUGGAUAUUACUUAGGAAACAACAGAUCAAUGCUUGUUUCAAAUUGUCUCUUUCGUGUAGGUGGUGCAGCAAUCUUACUCUCAAACAUUUCUUCAGAUUCUCAACGUUCAAAGUAUCAUCUUAAGCACACUGUUCGUACACACAAAGGUUCACAAGAUACUUGUUACAAUUCAGUCUUUCAAAAAGAAGAUGAAACAAACAAAAUCACAGGAGUAUCACUUUCAAAAGAACUAAUGAGUUCGGCUGGUUUUGCACUUAAAGCCAACAUCACAACACUUGGAAAAUAUGUUCUACCUUUACUAGAACAAUUCAAGUUUGUUUCAACUUUUGUUGUUAAAAAAUACUUUAAUAACAAAGUCAAGAUUUAUACACCUGAUUUUAAGUUGUGUUUUGACCACUUUUGUGUUCAUACGGGUGGAAAAGCGGUUCUUGAUGAGAUUCAAAAAGUGCUGGGGUUAAGUGAUUUUCAAUUAGAGCCUUCAAAGAUGACACUUUAUAGAUAUGGUAACACUUCAAGUAGUUCUGUUUGGUAUGAGUUGGCAUAUUGUGAAGCUAAAGGAAGAAUAAGAAAAGGUGAUAGGAUUUGGCAAAUUGCAUUUGGGUCUGGAUUUAAGUGUAACACUGCUGUUUGGUGUGCAUUAAGGAAUGUUGAUCCAAUUAAAGAGAUCAAUCCUUGGAGUGAUGAGAUAAAUGAGUUUCCUGUUGAUGUUUCAAUUUGAAGUGGGGAUUUUGUAUAAUAAAAGUUGUUCCUAGUGAUCAACAACUAGCACUGUAUGUUGAAGCUCUAAAAAAAUAAUUAGUAUUGUAUGUUCAACAAAAUAAAAAGUUCUAUUAGCAAAAACAAAAUUAAUAAUAAAAAAAAUU